AUGAAACGGUCGUCGUUGUUCGUGUGCUGCGGCAUAACGCUCUUGUACCUGUCGGACAGGUUGGACUCCAGGACAGUGUCGCCGAUCGUUUACCUGACGACGGCCAUGCCAAACGUCGCCGAUCCGACCGCGUAUUACGAUGGUGGCGUCGGUGGUCAAUCGUCCGGCUAUUACGACGGUGGCGUCGGUGGUCAAUCAUCCGGAUAUUACGGUGGAGGCGCAGGCGGUCAAUCCGGAUAUUACGGCGGUGUUGGCGGUCAAUCCGGAUAUAACGGCGGCGUUGGCGGCCAAUCCAGAAAUUACGGCGGUGUCGGGUCGACCGGACGUUACGGCGGGAGAUCGCCAAAUACCGCAGCCGCCACUAAGUACGGAAGUUACGGGCACAGGACUAUGCCGGAGUCUGCUGUCCGGGAAGCGAUUAGGCCGGUCCGCGACGAACGGAGUUACUACGAGUCUCCAAGCACGUACGAGUACAUGACGAACCCUCCACGGAAAAGUGGAAAAGUGUCCAGGGUGCCGGAGACUGAGCGACUUCCGCCGGAAGACGACGUAGAGUUUAUCGACGACGGUGGUGGUGGUGGUGCCAACAGGAGGCCUGCGAAAGACCGGCGCCGAGAAGGAGACGAAGACGAACGAGCUCAGGAUGUCGACGAUCGGCCUCGAGGUCACCUACAGAAUAAUAACAAUAAUAGUAAGAGGAUGAAUAGGGACAAGCCCAAAGCGAAGGGUGGCAGGAAACUUCCGACACGUGAAGAUGAUUACACGGAUGACGGUAGCAGAGGAGGAGACGCGGAGCCGGUAGGGUCUUCGACGAAAGGUGACGUGCAUGAAAGGGCGUCCGCUAAAAAACCACACCGAGACGGCCAUGAGGAGGUUGGGCGCAAAAACAAGAACCGCGCACCCAGCGAGGACGGGCCUAUCAAGCACAAGAUACACAAGAAAAAUGAGUACUCGAAGAGACAGCAGUUUUUCGACGAGGAGCACGUGGACCUUGGAAAGAAGAAACCCAAGAAUAAGGCGAACCACAACGGUCGCAAGAGAAACGGCCACGAACUUCCAAAGCAAAAUAAGAAGAAGAAGAGACAGCAGCAACAGCAGCAACCUACCCAAAAGCCAGUCAAACGGACGACGCAAAGGGAGAAAAAGGACGACCGAGGUGCGAGUCGGGUCGGCUCGCAAGGAUACGGUCAGGUUGUGGCCGUGCGAUAA